AUGUUAACUGGGAAGGACCAAACGCUCGCGUACGACAACAACGAGCAAGCCCCACCGCGGCUAUGCAAGGAGCACUAUCUGUUCCUGUUGGAGUUGUACGUGAAACAGGCGUCGGGCGACCGCCUGGCCAAGCUGAACCAGAUGUUUUUCGUACCUACCAGCGUUCACUUUGGAUUUCUCGAUUUCGUGGACGAGAAUCUGAUCGUGACUCCGGUGGAUCCCCUUUUCCAAGCACAGGCCGGCGUCGCUAACGAGGUCGAAGUGUUCAACGUUGGAAAAUCAGUACUGUUCGCCGUCGAUUCCGAGGCGGUUACGAAUCGUACGGUAAAACUGAUCCUGAAACUCACGGUGAAGAAGCAGAUGCCGGACGCCGUCAAGCCGGAUGUCCUGGUGGGUACUGGCGAGCUGGACCUGUCCGGUCAGUACGCGGCUUUGCGACUGGAAAUGAUGCAAGACUGGAAGAAUUGUGUCGGGACAUCCAAGGAAUUUGACGGACAAGUGCCGUUGACUUACAAUGACAACUUGUCGGGUAAUCUGGACGUCUUCGUAAGAAUCUCGGGCCUCGGGCAGAUGAUCGUCACGGACUUUGACGCACCGGUCGCGCAGGACCCCUCCACAUUCGUCUUCGGCACAGAAGAGGCCGAUCAGAUCUUGUUGUACAAGUGUCGCGAAGUGGACUCUCGCGUCCUCGACAUCUUCGAGGAUUCCUGCGAGGAUCUUCGAAAGCCGAUAACUUGUCCCGUGUGUGUACCAGAGAAGUAUCCUUGUGUACCGUGCGGAAAAUUGGCGGCUGUCGAAGAGAGGGAUGAGAAAAUAAGGAAGAAAGGAGACGAUAGGAUGGGCGAAAGGAAAUUAAAGACUGGACUAUCGAAGAGCCCUGUCCAAUAUAGUCCGUCCCAGCCUUGCGGCAAGCCGGUGGUCCUCAAAGUAUCCGGUCUCUUUGACAGCGGCGACGGUAAUGGCAGGAAGAAGCCCACGGUGACAGUCGCCGCAGAGUCUGCCGCAACAAAACCGGACGAGCCACCGGAUCCCGACCAUGAUAUUUUUGUUUUGAGAAUCGGUAAGAAAGGCCUCGUCGGCGUCGGCGAGAAAUCUGACAUACAGCUAGAGAUGAAAACCCCGAAAGGACCUGAAAGAAGACCCCCGAUUAGAUAUGAGACCAGGGAUGCACAGACAGAGGGGCAUGACGAGGAACUGCCGAAGGAGAUUAAGAAGAAGAAGAAGAAGAUUAAGAAGAAGAAAUGACGCGCUUCAUUAUUCAAGUCCUAAUGAGUUCGAAUUCAUUCCGAGGGAUUUAUUUCGCGGUGUUUACGACGAUAUUUUUCCUAUUACCAAUUUUCGAAUUUUUGAUACAACUGUUGUGCAAUAAACGUGUGUAUAUUCAACCGUGUUUCUUUGUACAAAUUAUUGCAGUAAGCAUAAGAAAAAGAAAUAUCGUUAUACGGGCAAAUUAUACAAGAUCUGGGGGUCAAUUCUGUAUCUUACACUACAGUGCAAAUGCUAAAAGUGAGC